GAGCUCCCAAAAGCUACACCCUCCCACUCUCAACAUCGACCCCAGUCCGCCUUAGUUACGUGGCUUUUUCUUGUUCAUACACGUGUCGGUUGCACAGCGUUUAGGAGGUGGCAAAUGGUCCCUCCCCCACCACCCUAGGUCAGAUCAGACGUGCCCCAACGGUUUUCAUUAAACCAAAUCAAACCAAACCAAACCGAACCGGUCCAGCCCGUAUCUGAACCCCAUGGCCUUGGGCUUUCAAUAUAUAACUAGCCCAUACUCUCAAGUGUUCACACAAUUAUCUUCUCUCUCUCUCUCUCUCUCACACUCUCUCUCUCUCUCUCUCUUCGUAGCCAACAGGUUCUGAGAUUGCCCGGCAAUGCCGAUCACUCGAAUCGCCGUGGGCCGGCACCAAGAGGUGACUCACCCCGACGCCCUCCGGGCGGCGCUGGCCGAGUUCAUUAGCACCCUCAUUUUCGUGUUCGCCGGCGAAGGCUCCGGCAUGGCCUUCAACAAGCUGACCGACAACGCGUCCACCACCCCCGCCGGCCUUAUUGCCGCCGCUCUGGCUCAUGGCUUCGGCCUUUUCGUGGGGGUGGCGGUCGGAGCCAACAUCUCCGGCGGGCACGUGAACCCGGCCGUCACGUUCGGCGCGUUCGUUGGCGGCAACAUCUCUCUCCUCCGGGGAAUCCUUUACUGGAUAGCUCAGCUUCUGGGUUCCACUGUAGCCUGCUUGCUCCUAAAAUUCUGCACUAAUGGCAUGACUACCUCGGCAUUUUCCAUAUCGUCUGGAGUGACCGUAUGGAACGCGUUCGUAUUUGAGAUUGUGAUGACCUUCGGCCUGGUUUACACCGUCUAUGCCACCGCCCUCGACCCGCGGAAGGGCAACGUGGGCAUCAUUGCCCCCAUCGCCAUCGGUCUCGUCGUCGGGGCGAAUAUAUUGGCGGGCGGGGCUUUCGAUGGAGCGUCCAUGAACCCGGCCGUCUCAUUCGGGCCUGCCCUCGUCAGCUGGGACUGGACCCACCACUGGGUCUACUGGGCCGGCCCCUUGAUCGGGGGUGGGCUCGCCGGCCUCGUUUACGAUCUCUGCUUCAUUUCCCAAUCUCACGAGCCGUUGCGGUCGUCGCCGGCGUAGCCGGCUGGGUACGCUUAAGCCCACAUGAGGAAAUUCGCAGUCGGCCUAACGUAUGGCCCAUUGGGGCGACGGCUUUUGGUUGUCUCUAUUUAAUUAUUGUUUGGAUAAAGAUUUUUUUUUAAUAAUUGUUAAUUAUCAUUAAUAUGAUUAUCCUCAUCUCCACUAGGGAGAGAGUGGUCCCAAAUUGUACUGCUGAAGCCUGUGUGAUUCUAUGAAUGAUUGAAGAUUUUUUUUCCAA